CAAAAGGAGUAAAAUGGUGGGCUGAACCGGCUUUGGAGCAGCUCGUCCUUCUCUUCUCCGAUGGCCGCCGCCUUCCUGGUGGCGCUGUACGAGUAUUCGCCGCUCUUCUCCAUCUCCGUCGUGUUUCUUUGCUUCCUGGUCACCAGCGGCCUGGUCAUGGGAUGGUUUGGGUGGGAUGUUCCUGUGAUUCUGAGAAACUCGGAAGAAGCAGAAUCGAGUGGAAAAGUGUCCCAGAAACAGAUGCGGCAAGUGAAGAAUCCAUUCAGCUUGGAAAUCAAAAACCUGACAGUAGCUUCAGCUGCAAGUGGUAUCACACUGUCACUUGACUGUUUGGAAGAUUGUCUUCUUACCUGUUAUUGGGGUUGCAACGUUCAGAAGCUCCACGAAGCUCUGCAGAAACAUGCCUAUUGCUUUCGAAUAAAAACUCCACAAGCUUUUGAGGAUGCACUGUAUAAUGAGUAUCUCUACCAUGAACAGUAUUACAUAAAGAAGAUGGACAAAGAGGAGAAGCAUUGUCAGUUACCAGAAGAGGCACAAAUCACUGAUUUUGGCCCAGUGCCUCGAUCACGGUAUCCGCUGGUAGCGCUUCUGACCUUGGCAGAUGAAGACAACAGAGAAAUAUAUGACAUUAUUUCUAUGGUGUCCGUAAUUCACGUACCUGAUGACAGCUACAGGCUAUCCUGCAGGAUACUGUAUCAGUAUCUCCUUCUGACCCAGGGUCAGUUUCAUGAUCUCAAGCAACUCUUCAUGUCUGCCAACAGCAGCACAGCACCUUUGAGCAGUCCUUCCCCAGGACAGGAAGCCGAGGACCACGUCCUGCUUGAAAAGGCUGGGCUGGCUGAGGAUGAGCCAGAAACACCAGAGGAAAACAGCAAGGACUGCAUUGUCUGCCAGAACCGGGCCAUCAACUGGGUUCUCCUCCCGUGCCGGCACACCUGUCUGUGCAACGAGUGUGUCACAUACUUCCAACAGUGCCCAAUGUGCCGGCAGUUUGUUAGAGAAUCCUUCCCCCUGAGCAGCCAAAACGAGUGAAGUCCAAGAAGGAGAGCUAGUGUGGAUUUGUGUGAGAACCCAGGAUGAAGAAUCACUGAGAAGCUGGCCUCUGGCUUUUUGGCAUUUUGAGAUGGUGGGAUUGUUUGGGGUCUUUUAGUGGCAGAUUAGAAAUGACAGUUGCACUUUCCCUCUGUAUAUUUUGGAACCACAACAUUGAGGCUUGUGAUGUCAGAGCCCUGGUACUGUAUGAUAGGGAUGAAAUCAUAGAAGCCCCACAUCGAACUUGGUAUGAAGGGUAUCUUUACACAGAGAGAAAGCUCUUGGGUUCGCUCAUGUUCUCGACAAAACUGGCUCCAAAAGGCCUUACUGGAACAAAUAUUCCCUUUUGAAAAAUACUUUAAUUUCCUUAUUUAUUUAUUACAGGUUUUUGAAAAGACUAUCCUUUAACCUCAGCUGCUAGCAACUAUGCACUUUGGAACUGUAAAUGUGGAAAAUAGGAAGGAAAGAAAUACACGAGGCUGUAUUUGCAGUUCUUCAGUAGUUCUGCCCACUUCUAGUGUAUUUAGUCUGCUCAGACCUGCCAACCCUGGGCUCUUUCUCUUGCUUUGGGGGGGAGUUCUGUGUUUGGAAUCCAUGAGACCAAUGUACAGAUUUGUAAAUGCAAGUUCAAUUCCAUGUCUCAACUGAAUCAAUAAGAAAGACUGAUCCUGAAGUAGAAUAAAAUAUUCAUUGCAUUGCAAACCCAUUUUUAAAAUGUCUUUAGGCACAAAAGGUUAAUUUGCUCCACACCAGCUACACCUAUACUCUAGAAAUAAUGUAGUUUGACACCACUUAAACUGCCAUGGCUCCAUCCUACAGAAUCCUGGGCUUUGUAAUUUGGUGAGGCAGCAGCACUCUGACAGAUAAGGCUAAAGAACUUGUAAAACUACAAAUCCCAGGAUACGAUAGUAUGGAGCUGCAGCACUUAAAGUGGUGUCAAACUGCAGAUGCACCCAGUGUUUCAGAUUAUUUCUAUAGUGAAGGAUCUGAAAAGUUUAUAAAUUCCCACCCACUGUGGUGCAGUUCCUUCUAAUACACAGAAGUGGUUUUGCCAGUUCUUUCAAGUUGGAAAUGACUUGUAGGCAUUCAGCAACAAGAAUCUGUGGUUAGAUGAUCAGUGGACCCAAAGAAGUGGAUUAAAAUCCACAGAGGCUCAUACAGAAAUAACUCGCCUAAAAAUACUGUUAAGUUCUUUCCCCUUUCCCCUCCUGAUUUCAGUAACAAAAAAGCAUUGGGGAAAUGU